CUAGAGCCGGAGUCGGGCGCGGGCGGCUGCGGUCCCGGCAGCGGCGGGGGAAGAUGGUGGCGCUGGAGGCGGGAGCGACUGGAGAACAGCUUUAUUCCCAGGCUUGGCACGGUCGCUGUCACUAGCGCCGCCUGCUCCCGCGGGCCCGCGGACCCAGCUGUCAGGCAAGCCCCCGUGGAGCAAAAUGAGAGCGCAGUGAGCCAGCUCAGUCUCUCCCCAGCCAUCCCCCGACGCCCGCCAUGAACCACUUGGAGGGCUCCGCGGAGGUGGAGGUGCCCGACGAGGCGCCAGGAGGGGAGGUGAACGAGUCCGUCGAGGCCGACCUGGAGCACCCCGAGGUGGAGGAGGAGCAGCAGGCGCCCCCGCAGGCCGCCGGCCGCCACGGCGCCAUCGAGGACCCCCGCGCGCAGCUGGCGCGGCAGCAGCAGGAAGAGGAGGAGCGCGGGGAGAGCCUGGCGCGCUCGCACUCGCUGGAGCACGAGGAGGCCAUGAACGCGGCCUACUCGGGCUACGUCUACACGCACCGGCUCUUCCACCGCGGCGAGGACGAAGCCUACGCCGAGCCCUACGCCGACUACGGCGGCCUCCAGGAGCACGUGUACGAGGAGAUCGGGGACGCGCCCGAGCUGGAGGCGCGCGACGGCCUGCGCCUCUACGAGCAGGAGCGCGACGAGGCGGCCGCCUACCGCCAAGAGGCCCUGGGCGCGCGCCUGCACCACUACGACGAGCGCUCGGACGGCGAGUCCGACAGCCCUGAGAAAGAGGCCGAGUUCGCGCCCUACCCGCGCAUGGACAGUUACGAGCAGGAAGAGGACAUCGACCAGAUCGUGGCCGAAGUCAAGCAGAGCAUGAGCUCGCAGAGCCUCGACAAGGCGGCCGAAGAUAUGCCCGAGGCCGAGCAAGACUUGGAGCGCGCCCCGACGCCAGGAGGAGGACACCCCGACAAUCCUGGGCUGCCAGCAUCUGCCGGGCAGCAGCGGGUCGUGGGACCCCCGGGUGGCGGCGAGGCCGGGCAGCGGUACAGCAAGGAGAAGAGAGAUGCCAUCUCGCUGGCCAUCAAGGACAUCAAGGAGGCCAUCGAAGAAGUGAAAACCAGGACCAUUCGUUCGCCUUACACCCCCGACGAACCCAAAGAGCCCAUCUGGGUCAUGCGCCAGGACAUUAGCCCCACGAGGGAUUGUGACGACCAGAGGCCCAUGGAUGGGGAUUCCCCUUCUCCUGGCAGUUCCUCACCUCUGGGUGCUGAGUCAUCAAGCAUAGCCCUUCAUCCCAGUGACCCCACGGAAGCCUCCACAAAUAAAGAGUCAAGAAAAAGCUUGGCUUCAUUCCCAACCUACGUUGAAGUCCCUGGACCUUGUGACCCUGAAGACUUGAUCGAUGGAAUUAUUUUUGCUGCCAAUUACCUUGGCUCCACUCAGCUGCUCUCAGACAAAACUCCCUCCAAAAAUGUACGCAUGAUGCAGGCCCAGGAAGCAGUCAGCCGGAUCAAGACGGCCCAGAAAUUAGCCAAAAGCAGGAAGAAGGCUCCUGAAGGCGAAUCUCAGCCAAUGACUGAGGUGGAUCUCUUCAUUUCUACCCAGAGGAUCAAAGUAUUGAAUGCAGAUACACAGGAGCCUAUGAUGGAUCACCCUCUGAGGACCAUUUCCUACAUCGCAGACAUUGGGAACAUUGUCGUGCUGAUGGCCCGCAGACGGAUGCCCCGUUCCAACUCUCAAGAGAACGUGGAGGCUUCUCACCCAUCCCAGGAUGGAAAAAGACAGUACAAGAUGAUCUGCCAUGUCUUUGAGUCUGAGGACGCCCAGCUGAUCGCGCAGUCCAUAGGGCAGGCAUUCAGUGUGGCAUACCAGGAAUUCCUCAGGGCCAACGGGAUUAACCCGGAAGACCUCAGCCAGAAGGAGUACAGUGACCUGCUCAACACCCAGGACAUGUACAACGAUGACCUGAUCCACUUCUCCAAGUCGGAAAACUGCAAAGAUGUUUUCAUAGAGAAACAGAAAGGAGAAAUCCUGGGAGUUGUGAUUGUAGAGUCCGGCUGGGGAUCCAUCCUCCCCACUGUGAUCAUUGCCAACAUGAUGCACGGAGGCCCCGCCGAGAAGUCAGGGAAGCUGAACAUCGGGGACCAGAUCAUGUCCAUCAAUGGCACCAGUCUGGUGGGCCUGCCCCUGUCCACCUGCCAGAGCAUCAUCAAGGGCUUAAAGAACCAGUCGCGGGUAAAGCUGAACAUUGUGAGAUGCCCUCCGGUGACCACAGUGCUAAUAAGGAGGCCGGACCUUCGCUAUCAGCUGGGAUUCAGCGUCCAGAAUGGAAUUAUCUGCAGCCUCAUGAGAGGGGGAAUCGCUGAGAGAGGAGGGGUCCGCGUGGGACAUCGGAUCAUUGAAAUCAAUGGCCAGAGUGUCGUAGCCACGCCACAUGAGAAGAUCGUCCACAUCCUCUCCAAUGCUGUUGGGGAGAUCCAUAUGAAGACGAUGCCAGCAGCCAUGUACAGACUGCUGACCGCCCAGGAGCAGCCUGUCUACAUCUGAGCCGCCCCUCCACAGCAGCGGCAUGCAUGGAGGACCCUCCUCACCGUGGUUGUGUUUGUUGUGCUGCGUCGUGUGUCACUGAGACAUUUCCCUUUCUCACUCAGCGUUUGGUCUUACACAGGAAGAGAAGAACCGGCAAGGACUCCUUACUCUCUGUCUCUCUCCAGUUGGCUUUUUUUCUGUCCCUUCCUUCCUUAAUACCAGGGACGUUUUGUGUGGGCCCCCUUGAGGGUGGAGAACAGCUAAUAUUUACCUGGGAUCAUUGUGAGGAGCCUUUGGGGGUCCCAAGGUGGUUGCCACUGUCCAAGGGGACAUUAUCCCUCCCUGAGAGGCACACACUUCCCUGAAGGAGCCCUCAGGGGCAGCAACAGAGCUGACUGAGCAGUGCCUAAAACUCACUUGCUGACUCCUGCCUGCCCUGCCCCGCCCCGCUUGAUGGGAAGACAGUGGCGACAGGGAUAGCCCACAUCUUUAAGAGUGUUCGCUGCCUGCUGUGGAGUUAGGGCCUCAGACAUUAUUUCUGCCCCAAAUUUCUGAGCCAAUUUCAAAUCUCUUCCAUAGUUCCCUCUUAGUUUCAAUGUGUGUGAUAAUACAGGCCUAACUGCAGAGAAAAGAGAAAGUGACAUCCUGGGCAAGGCUGCCGUGACACUGAAGAGAUCCUGGCGAGUCACAGGGCCUCUGAGACUUCCAAGAUGGCCCCAAGGGUACAAAUCAGGGGACAGCCACAGGCAGGUACGAUCUUCCUGCAUUCUCGCACAGAUACUUACUACACAUGUACAACACACAUACACACAUGCGCACGCACAUGUACACACUCUGCACAGUUUCUCCUUUGCUCUCUACCUCCAUUGAGGUAGGCCAAAGAUCUAGCACACAGCCUGUGGGAGAACCCCCAGCACCCCUCUGGAAGACCCCUUCUCCUAGCAGAAGGUUGACACAUGCAGAAAGUGGCCAGCCUUAUCCUGAGAAAGAGGCCCUCCUGGCUGAGGCCUGGUCUUCCCCAUCCCUGUUGGCUCAGACUGCCCUCUAGGACUCCUCCACCCCACAUACACACUGAAGGUUCUUGAGGGACAAACUGUGAUAUGGGUAACCUCGUGUCAUGCUUCCUGCCCCACAGCUAAGUCAGCCUGGGCCUUUCACAGCCACUCCUGAGGAUGUGGUACGUCAAAGGCUAGAACGGAUAUGUCACAAAACCAAGCAGACUUAAUGCUUGGUAUUGGGCCUAGGAAUCCCCAAGAUGUGCUCCAGGAACAGUGUCUGCUGUCUGCUAGGUCUGGGAGUUUGCAGCUGGUGUGGAAGGCUUGAUGCUUCCAUCCGGUGCCUCGUCUUCUGAGUUACGUCUCAGUCUAGUACAUGUGUUUUAAUAUUAUUCUGAGCCAGUUUCCACUUAUUCUGGUCCAAAGAGCAGUUUGUUUUCAUGUGGGAUGUGUCUAGCUUUUGUUUCUGUUUUGUUUUGUUUUGUUUUGUUUUCAUUGAUGACCUCAGUAGAGACAGGGGAAGAAAAACUAAUAUAUUUUGUAAUAUGAAUAUAGUCCCUGUCCUCCACAUCUGGGAUAUUUAUGUUGUGUCUGUGGAGAUGGGAGUUCAGUGAGCAGUGUUAGGGAGGAUGGGUUUACAGAGGGAAGGGUGGGGUCUGGGGGAGGGAGAGAUGUGCAUAUAGCAAGAUGAAGAACAAGAGACUUCAUCUCAGGAUGCAAAGAGUCAAGCCCCUGGGGACUCUAACUUCAUGAGUUGUCUGGGCAGAGUCAGAAAAGCCUGGUUCUUGCAGGGAUCCACAGUGGAGCCCUCAGGUGUACUUUGGUACAAAAAGUUUCAGUGUUGUCUGCCCCCUGCUGUCCAGAUAGCUGCCUGAGAUGUGGCGGGGCUGCUGCUGCUGCUACAGAGCUGUGUGGAUGGAGUUAGGACCACAAGAGCCAGACUAUCUGGACUUUAAAGGGUUUAAGGUUUUUAAGGGUGUCCCACCAAGUGCUCCUGCAUGACCAGACCCAAGGUCAAACCCCAGCAAAUGUGAAGACCGGGAGCUAUGGUCUGGGUUCUCCUCACCUCUCUGAAAUAACUAAGCUUCCGGGUAUCUAAUAUAAUCACACACUGCAAGUGCAGCCCGUCUCUCCUCUGCCAAAGAGCGAUGGAGAGGACCAAAAGAGACAAUAUUGCUGGCGUAUGGGGAACCUCGGAAAGUCACUUGAGAGGCUGAUGCCUGUCAGAUCCAGGGUGGUCGCCAUGAGUACAUGUCCACGCAUCUGUACAGGAAGGCGGGAGGACAGCGAGGCUGGUCAGGGACAGGCUCCACAAACACAGCACUCCCAGUAUAACCCCCAAAUAACCACAGUGAAGUGGCUUCACCCUACUUUCCAUUCUUGUUGCACAAAAACCCUGGAAACUUUAAGAGAGGCCUGAAAAGCCAAGCUUCUCUUGUGAGCUCUUCUGGAGAGCUAACAGUUUAGCAUGAUUGUAAGAUUACCUAGGCUUUUGUGUUAACCAAAGUGGCUCCCCCAACCCAGAGGGAGAACUGUUGGAGCCUGGUCCAGGCCCAUGGCUGAAGCACAGUCUUGCUCUGUUGGCAUCAGACUGAGUGGUUAACUUGGGGUCAGGUCUUGUCUGGCAUCUUCACAUACAUAGUUACAUAUGUAAAUAUCUCAUCACCUGGAAUGAUGGGGCCGGCUAUGCAGAGAGCAGCCUUCCCCAAACUGCAAGGCAUAAGGCCGCUCUGCCCACUCAGUUAGGACAUGAUGGUGACUCAGCUUUGGGACCAGGCUUCCAGAUUCACUCCACCCCCACCCCAAUCCAAGGAGGUUGCACCGCAACCCAAUCUGCCUCUGCCUUCUCCAGUGGGAGCAUUUCAGGGAGCCACCAUCGGCCUUGAGUUCAUGAGAGGAAGAAAGCCCCACAGAUCAAUGGCUGGAGCCCCCUUCCUGAGCGAUACCUUCCUCCCACACCACAGCAGGCCCCUGGGGGUAGAGCAUACAGCAGGCCGCCACCUCCCUGCUCAUGGGUUUGCUUUCUGAACAUUGCCCAUCAACAUUGGCCUUCAGGGAGUCCAGUAACCUACUACCUCCCCCAUCGCUCCUCCUCCCUCCUGCAGCCCCACCCACACCGAUGCUCCCUGUAGACAGCACACUGACACAAACCCACCCCCAAGCCCUGCUCCAGGCUCUCCACACACUGGUGUGGCUGUCACCGAUGUUUACAACCAAGGGCCACCUCCUGCCGAUGUUUUAUCUCUCACCUUCUCAAGGCUACCCGUUGGGUUUGCAUUUCACCUCUGUCUACUCCUUCCCUGGUUAGGGUCCACCUGAGCACACAACCCUGAUUUUAUUUUCCCUCCAUCAAGGCAGUGUGUGAUGACCGUGUGGGAAUGAAAUCUCUUGUACAUACUUAGCACAGCACCUGGGGUAUGAACUCGCGCCCCCAUUCCAUAACGGGGUGCAUUAGCGCUUACUGUAAAACAUCGGGAGAAGUAUAGUAUUGUAUUUGUAACAAUAUCGUUCUUUGUAUACACGGAACUCAAUGAUCUCUAUAUAUAAAUAUAAAUAUAUAUAAAUAAAAUAUAUCUACACGUGAGCCUGGAAUGUUGCCACUGCACACCCACUGAAUGUAUUUCCUCUGACAGUCUGGUCACCAGUCCUGGCCCACCCUCCCCUUCUUUGUGCCGUGGCCGCAGUUGUCUGGUUUGGGGUUGUGAUGUAUUAAAUGUGCUAUCUUCUUAUUUAACUGAACGCUAACGUCUGUAUAAGAAUUGCUGCAACAAUAAACAAGGACUUUGCCUCUUA